AAUGUCUCUUAUGUCAUGCAGACAGAGGUCAAAGGGAAACGGGGAGAGGCGGAGUAAAGGUCAGACUCCACAGCACUAUAACUGCACAGCAUGGAGGCUCUAAACAUCCAAACAUGAGCGUGAUGAGAGGCAAGUCUGAGGAGGAGAUGAAGCAAAACGGCAUAUCGCUACAUCCUCUGGAUGUGGCAGCUGGCCCUGAGCCAGAGCUGCUGUGCAUAUUUGGGACCGGGGACCUGGGGCGCUCUCUGGGCCUCCGUCUGCUCCAGUCUGGCUAUGGAGUUGUGUAUGGCAGCAGAAAACCACACAGCUGUGGCCCUUUGCCGCAGGGAGCUCAGGUGAUGACCCAUGCAGAAGCAGCCCAAUCCUCUAACCUGAUCUUUAUUUGUGUUCACCGUGAACACUACGAAUUCUUGACAACAAUGGAGCAUCAUCUUAAAGGGAAGGUAUUGCUGGAUCUCAGUAACAACCUCAAAAAAGGCAUGUACCCAGAAGCCAAUGCUGUCUAUUUGCAGAGGCUGGUUCCCAGUGCUGCUGUGGUGAAAGGUCUUAGCACGCUGUCUGCCUGGGCCCUGCAGAAUGGACAUUUAGCAGGAAAACAGGUCUUCCUGUGUGGAGAAAGUGGAGAAGCAAAGCAGGCAGUGGCACACCUGGCUACCAAACUGGGCCUCACUGUUAUGGAUAUAGGCUCUUUGUCAGCAGCUAGAGAGUUGGAGGACUUCCCCCUGAAAUUGUUCCCGGAGUGGAGGCUGCCUUUGUCCAUAGCUGUUGGCCUCACGGUCUUCUUCUUCUUCUACCUGCUCAUUAGAGAUGUUAUCUAUGCCUAUGUUGAAAAGAAAGACGAGAUCUCAUAUCGAAUCAUGGUGUCCCUGACCAGCAAGGUGUUUCCAAUUGUGGCUCUUGGUAUGCUGUCUCUCUGUUACCUGCCUGGCGCGAUUGCUGCUUUUUUUCAACUCUACAGAGGGACCAAAUACAGGCGCUUCCCUAACUGGCUGGACCGCUGGAUGCUUUGCAGGAAGCAGAUGGGUCUUGUUGCACUUGGCUUUGCUUUUCUGCACGCCAUCUAUACAUUCAUCAUCCCUAUUCGCUAUUCUGUCAGGCACAAACUCAUUUCAGGGGUGGUGGAUGAGAUGAAAAACAAUAAAACCACCCCAUUUUACUUCGAUAACACUAAUGCGUGGCGUAUGGACUCGUUUCUAUCGCUGGGAAUCCUGGGAUUUUUCCUUUUCGUCCUGUUAGGGCUAACAUCCUUGCCCUCUGUAGGCGGCUCCCUCAGCUGGAGAGAAUUAAACUUUAUUCAGUCUAAACUAGGACAUCUCACUCUGUUCGUUUGCACGGCUCACGGCUACAUCUAUGGCUGGAAUAGAUUUCUUCGCCCCUCAACCUACAAAUGGUACACGCCUCCAGGCUACGUGCUCUGUCUGAUCGUACCUUCUGUGGUGUUGGUGCUCAAGUUACUUCUUCUCCUUCCUUGUGUGGACCGGGGGCUCGCCCGAAUUCGACAAGGCUGGGAACGGGCUCAGCCAAAGCAGAUGGAUGAAAUAAAAACCACAAACCUCUGAACUUUGUUCUCAAAAGGCAGAGUAUGCACAAGAUACUUUUUUUUAACAAUUUCAUUCACAUCUUAAAUUAGCCACAUACAGUAAUUGUGGCAAAAUGUUUUCAAUGUGUAAACAGUUAUAUAUUUUAGGUGACAACGAGUAAUAAAUUACCAUAGUGAGAUGUUAGACAAACAAAACAAAAUUGGUUAUUUUCACUUACUUGGGCAGUGUAUCAUUUAUCCGCUAUAGAAAAAAAAACAAUAAGAAAAGUAGGUAUUACAAAAAAGUAGGUAGUGCUAUCAUGAACAAGCAGAACUGUUAACUUCCUGUUUUACUUUAAGCAUUCUUCUCUAAAUAAAUAUACAUAUUUAUAUCCAACACCACGUUUUUUAGUAGUUAAUGUGGGGAAGGUUAUUGAUUGGCUGCUUUAAUUAGACAAAAUUGAGACAAGUAAAGUUUUGACUUUUGCAUUUGUUAUGGAUUCUGUCUUUUCCUCUUUCUCUUUUAUCAUCUUCUAUCUGCUUACUCUCACACGCUGCAGCUUCCAUAACCAUGUUUAUGUGUGACUGCUGCCAGUCAUGUGUAAACAGACUGAAACUGAUUAGACUACCCUUUAGAGAGGGUACAGAGUGCAGAGAAGAAUAAAAGAUAAACUUGCGCUUCAAUCUAGGCCUCACUUGGUCGCAUCCCUGAGGUUUGCUAAGUGACGCUCAGCACUGG